AUGGCUUUCACUGGCAAGUAUGAAGCUGCAAGUCAGGAAAACUACGAUGACUUUAUGAAGGUCCUGAAAUUCUCUGCUGAUAUCGUCGAGAAGGGAAGGAACGCCAAGGUCAUCACAGAAGUGAUCCAAAAUGGAAAUAAUUUUACCUGGUCCCAAAUUUAUCCAGGAGGAAAAACUAUGAAGAACACAUUUGUGAUUGGCCAGGAAUCAGAGAUGGAAACUAUGGACGGCAAGAAGUUCAAGGCAACAGUCAAAAUGGAAGGAAAUAAGAUAGUUUGUGACUUUCCAAACUAUCACCAUACUUCAGAGAUUGAAGGAGGAAAUCUUGUUGAGAUCUCUACAUGCAGUGGCAUUACUUACAAGAGAAUUAGCAAGAAACUUGCCUAA